UGAGGAUGACAAAAAUGGUAAGUCGGUUCUGGAGGAAAUCUGGAUCGAAAAAAUGUACGUAAUGUUAGGUUUAUUCUAUACAUUUUUUAUUAGAACGGUAUGGAAAUCUAUGAAUUUCGAGACGUAAAUCAGAAAAUGUAUAAGAAGUAAAUAUAAAAUAAUGGGGCAAAAACGUAAGAAUGACAAAAGAAAAGAUGAGUUUGAAUAUGAUCCAGCUCCUAAACAUCUUCACAUCGCUCAUAUUAAAAAUCAAGAGAAACGUUUAAUUGUUAUCUUAGAAAAAGCUCAAUUGGAGUCCGUUAAAGUUGGAAACAGUUUUGAAUUAUUAAAUUGUGAUGAUCAUGUUAGUAUAUUAAAAAAGAAUAAUCGAGAACCUGGUACAUGUCGACCAGAUAUUACUCAUCAAUGUUUAUUAAUGUUAAUGGAUAGUCCACUAAAUAGGGCUGGACUUCUACAAGUUUAUGUACAUUCAGAAAAGAAUGUACUGAUAGAAGUAAACCCACAAACUAGAAUACCAAGAACAUUUAAACGUUUUGCUGGUCUCAUGGUACAAUUAUUACAUAAAUUUAGUGUUCGUGCUUCUGGUGGUUCAAUGAAACUAUUAAAAGUAAUUAAAAAUCCCAUCACUGAUCACUUACCAGUUGGUUGUCGUAAAAUUGCAAUGUCAUUUAAUGCAAAUAAAGUACAAAAUGCACGAGAAUUAGUUCUUCUUGAUGAACCAAUUGCCAUUGUAGUAGGUGCAAUGGCCCAUGGACAAGUGAAGCCAGAUUAUGUAGAAGAUACUAUAUCUAUAAGCAAUUAUCCAUUAUCUGGUGCUUUAACAUGUAGCAAACUGUGUACAGCAUUCGAAGAAGUUUGGGGAAUAGUGUAA